UGCGUCACUGCUGCUUUAAAGCAGGCAGCGUCGAGCCGAGCUGAGCCGAGGCGAGCCACAAACCCGGAGCAGAUGGACCGUCUCCGAGCCUGAAAACCCGCACCGAGACCCGGAUUUAAGGCGUGAACUGGACCCGGCCGCUCCCGGGACGUGAACCGGACUAAAACCCAGAGUGCGGAGCUUUUCCAGCGGAGUGAAGACGCGUCGGUACCCGGGCCUGUUGUCCAACAUGGCGGAUGCUGAGGUCUCCUUGUCUCCGGCUCUGAGGCCGCUCCACCUCAGCCCCUCCCACUCUGCCCAGCCGCCUCCCCCUGCCUCCUCCUCCUCUCCCACCACCUUCUCCUGCCCCUCCUCUCCUUCCAGCGCCUCCUCUUCCUCCUCCUCUUCGUCCUCUUCCUCCUGCUCUGAGAGCUCCUCAGACUGCCCCGCUCACCACCACCACCACCACCACCACCACCACCACCACCACCACCCCCGGCCUCAGCUGCAGCUGCCCCCGCCCUCCACCAGCGAGCAGCCGUCCUCCCCCAGCGCCAGCCCCCGCAGCUCCAGCCCCAGCGGCAGCAUCGGCAGCACCGGCAGCCUGGGCAGCAGCAGCGCCAGCGAGGGCAUCGGCAGCAGCGGCAUGUCGAGCGGCGGCGACCCGCGAGGACCCAGUCCUCCUCUGGAUGUCAUCUCAGAGGAUGCCAUGGAGAUGGACCUGGGGGUCGACCAAGUGAUCGACCCUGAAGUGGCCCUGAAGGCCUGCCAGGAGGUGCUCCUCAAAGUGAAGCUGCUCGACAACAAACAACAACAGGACGAUAAACAGCAGCAGCAGCAGUACGCAGACGUCCCGGAGCGCUGCGGUCCUCAGUGGACCAUCAGCCCCGACACCAGCUCCAUCAAAGAAGAAGACGAGGACGAGGAGGAAGGUCAGAAAGACGGCGGUUCGUCCCGGACAGACCCGGUUCCUCCUACUUCACGGCCGGAGUCUUCCUCUCCGUCGUCGUCUAAACAGUCGUGGCUGCUUCGCCUGUUUGAGUCCAAGCUGUUCGACGUUUCCAUGGCGAUCUCUUACCUGUACAAGUCGAAGGAGCCGGGGGUGCAGGCGUACAUCGGCAACCGCCUCUUCAGCUUCCCCAACAGCGAGGUGGACUUCUACCUGCCGCAGCUGCUCAACAUGUAUGUGCACAUGGACACGGAGGUGGGAGACGCCAUCAGGCCUUACCUGAUCCAUCGCUGUGGAGGCAGCAUCACCUUCUCUCUGCUGUCGGCCUGGCUGCUGGGCGCCUACUCCUCCGACAUGCACAUCUCCACCCAGCGCCACUCCAGAGGCACCAAACUCCGGAAGCUCAUCCUGUCCGACGAGCUCAAACCUCCCUCUGCUCCGUCCGACGCCCAGCGGUCCGUUUCCGUCUCAGAGAGCCCCGUGUCCUCGCCGUCCCACCGCCGUGGACACCGCAGACACAACAGCAACAGCGUGGAGGCCUCGUGCACGGCCGGCCACGCCCCCGACAGGUCCGUGCACGGGGAGGCGGAGGUGUUUGUAUCUCCAUCCAGGAGGACCCACCAAAGAUCCAAAUCAGAUGCCACCACAGUGAGCAGCGGGCCUGGAGCCGGCCUGCGACGGACGGGAAGUAACCCGAAAGUGGAGGCCGUCCAUGAGGAGCCGGAGCGUCUCCGUCCUCAGAGGGAGUUCGUCAAGUCGCUGCUCUGCAUCGGGAAGCGUCUGGCCACGCUGCCCACUAAAGAGCAGAAGACCCAGCGGCUGAUCUCAGAGCUGUCGCUGCUCAAUCACAAGCUGCCGGCCAGAGUGUGGCUCCCCACCGCUGAGCACCAGCACCACGUCUGCAGGGUCCCUCACACCCAGGCCGUGGUCCUGAACUCCAAGGACAAGGCUCCCUACAUCAUCUAUGUGGAGGUCUUGGAGUGCGACAGCUUCGAGACGUCUCCUGUUCCCAUCCGGAUCCCGGAGACGAGGAUCCGUUCGGCUCGUUCUGCGGAGAACCUGGACUGUGGCGCCGCGGCUAACGCUAACAGCGGCGGUAGCAUGACAUCAGAGCACAGAGCAGGAAGUUUCUCCACCGUUCCAAACUACGACAACGACGACGAGGCGUGGGCGACCGACGACAUUGGGCAGCUGCAGGUGGAGGCGGAAGCUCAGACGAGCAGCAGCGACAACAUCAGCCAGUUCUCAGUGGACAGCAUCACAAGUCUGGAGAGCAAAGAGCCGGUGUUCAUCGCUGCAGGAGACAUCAGACGCCGUCUGUCGGAGAACCUGGCCCACACUCCCACCACCUUCAGGAGGGACCCCGAGGACCCGUCGGCCGUGGCCCUCAAAGAGCCCUGGGAGGAGAAAGUCAGGCGGAUCAGAGAAGGAUCUCCGUACGGUCACCUGCCCAACUGGAGGCUGCUGUCGGUCAUCGUGAAAUGUGGAGACGACCUGAGGCAGGAGCUGUUGGCCUAUCAGGUCCUCCGACAGCUGCAGUCCAUCUGGCAGCAGGAGAGAGUUCCUCUGUGGAUCAAACCCUACAAGAUCCUGGUGAUGUCUUCAGACAGCGGCAUGAUCGAACCCGUCCUCAACGCCGUCUCUCUGCACCAGGUGAGGAAACAGAGUCAGUUGUCGCUGCUGGACUACUUCCUGCAGGAGCACGGCAGCUUCACCACCGAGGCCUUCCUCACCGCUCAGAGGAACUUCGUCCAGAGCUGCGCUGGAUACAGCCUCAUCUGUUACCUGCUGCAGGUCAAAGACAGGCACAACGGGAACAUCCUGCUGGACUCUGAAGGACACAUCAUCCACAUCGACUUCGGCUUCAUCCUCUCCAGCUCUCCUCGCAACCUCGGCUUCGAGACGUCCGCCUUCAAGCUGACAUCAGAGUUCGUGGACGUGAUGGGAGGUCUGGAUGGAGACAUGUUCAUCUACUACAAGAUGCUGAUGCUGCAGGGUCUGAUCGCAGCCAGGAAACACAUGGAGAAGGUUCUGCAGAUCGUGGAGAUCAUGCAGCAAGGGUCCCACCUGCCUUGCUUCCACGGCUCCAGCACCAUCCGUGGGCUGAAGGAGCGUUUCCACAUGUCUCUGACGGAGGAGCAGCUGCAGCUUCUGGUGGAGCAGCUGGUGGACGGAUCCAUGCGCUCCAUCACCACCAAACUCUACGACUCCUUCCAGUACGUCACCAACGGCAUCAUGUGACCGCGACGCCUCGGACACGCCGUUUACACUCGGACUCUACAAACUCCAGGUCUGUGAUUCUGAUGGAAACCAGGAUCUGAACCGACAGGAUUGACCGGAUCUGAACUCGCUGAUUCUUCGGAUCAGAUCAGCUUUUAGUCAUGAUCUCGGUGAAUUUCUGGAACUUUUCCGUGUCGGAGAAACACUAACUCGGUUGGAAGCAUGACGGACGUUCAACGCGCUGCUGCCUGCUACUAAACAAACUCCUCUAACAGACGGGAUUCUACUGGACUCCACUCUGAACCAGCAGCUGGUUUUAGGGAUCCUUCGGUUUCUGGAUCAGUUUUGAAGGUAAAGUUGCUGCUGAGGGCGAUCGGGGACUUAAAGUUGUCACUCGCUGAGCUGAACUCCCAAAAUCUGCACACGAUCCAUCAGUUAACUACCAAACUAGCAGACAGCAGAGCUCAUUCCUCCUGUUCAGCUGCUGCUUUCAGGCUCAUCAUUGUGUUCUGGUCCUUUUCUGAUGGUCACAUGACCUGUCCUCAGCCAAUAAGGAAAGAUUUACAGUCAGACUCUACCAUCAAAUGAAAUCUUUAACAAGCUACAGAUCUGAAGAACAAAAUAAAACAAUUGAAGCCAAUUUAUUUAUCAACCAGUUUAUUGGAGAACACAAACAGAAAGUGAAACGACUCAACAGGUCUGAGCUCUCUGAAAGCUCAUCUUUAACCUCAGAAUUAUGACUUCUUUAUAGUUUCCUCCAAGUUAGAAAAGAUUUAAGCACAAAGCGCUGUCGUCAUCUCACUGCUUUCAUUUCAGUGUUCGCAAGAAAAGUUACCAGCAAAGGUUGUUUAAUGACCAGAUUUAAUGGAAAACAGCUUUUUAUUAAUGAAUAGAGAGAUGAAAUCCUCAGUAAACCGUCACUUCUAUCAUGUUCUUACAGCUCCUGUAGAGACUGAAGGACUUUAUCUGUUUGUUCUUAAAGAACAGAAACAGCAGAUAGAAGAAGCACAACAUGGACUCUGUGUUCUUUUCUUCCUAUCUGUUCUCUGGACGUUCAGAGGAGAAAUCUAAACGGUUUAGAGAGUCAAAGAAAUGUGUUUUUUUUCUAGUUUGAACGGUGUCCGAGACCAGUUUGACUUCCAGCAGGAUUCCUGGACGUGUUGAGUUUCUUUUAUUUUCACCAGACAUUUAUCACAACUUCAGAAUCUGAGCUUCUCAUUGGAAACAAUUGUUUACAUCUUACUGAAGUAAAAUAGAAGAAUAUGAGCAGCAGAGUUUCUGUUAGCCUCAGCUGGACUGUAAGAUUAAUGCUAAAAGACUAGUAGCAUGCUAGCAUUAGCAUCCUAAAUGCUGGAAUGAGUCCUUAUCUUAUAAUGUAAUGCUUCAACUAACUAGUUUGUUUCUUUGCACAACAAUAUUUCCAGCAUGACAAGUUGAAUAUUAUCGUUGCUGGAAACAAUGAAUCCAAACAUUUAUCGUCAGACAUUUAUCUGAAGAGCUGUUUUCAUGUAAAGCAGGUUAAAGUCAGUAUUUUAUUUUACAUUUACUGUUGAGGGCUAAUUGUUGCCUCCUAAAGGUUCUACUUUAAGGUCUUUAAAGUAUCCUGAGACAACUAUAAAUAAGAAUAAAAUAAGCAUUUAGUUAUUUACGUGAACAUGAUGAGUGUCUGGUGAAAACUAAUUCAGCACAUCAGCUCCUUUAACCUGUUUAACACGUUUGUUUGCUGUCAUUUUUGGUCCAAGUUGAAUUUCAGAGCAGAUUUUCUGUCGUUCUAAUAUUCCUGUCAAACACUCAGCGCUCUAACAGAACUCCUCUAACAGAUCAGAUCCUCUCUGAGUGAUAAAACGACUGAUUUUCAGCAGAUUUAUGCAAAAACCUCCCCCUCCCUGUUCACCAGCUGUUUGAACUGAAUUCAUGAGUCUCUUAACGAUGUCUGCGUAUUUAACGAACGCUUUCUCCUCCCCGAUUGGCCACGAGAUACAUUCCUGUGAUAAACGCCAUCCAAUCAGGAGAAGCGGCUCUGUGGAUUGGCUGAACGAGAGCGAGGGACUCUGAAAGUUUAUUUUUGAUGAUGGGUUUCCUGAACAUGUGAAUGUUUUCUGGAAUAGUCCACUAAAACCAACGUUCUUCUUCUGAGACCGUCUGUGUUGACAAGUGACACCUUCCUGAGGAUGUUGGAGCUAACGCCGUGCAGUGGCUUUAUUCCAGUGUCCUACAUGUCAACCAAUCAACCAGUCAACCAACCAGAGUUUGUUUUUAUAGUCCUUUACAACAGCCCAGAGGGUGACCAAAGCAAGAGAGAAACUUUAAAACAAUAAAAACAAACGACACUAAACAUCCAUCUAAAAGCUGGUACAUAAACUAAAACAUCACCAUGCCACUAGGUACUGAAAGCCGUUUUAAACAAGAAGGUUUUGAGUUUUGUUCUAAACAGAUCCAGGUCCUGAUGGUGGAUCUGGUUCCAGAGAACUUCAGGUCUCUCCAGGGUUUAGAAUCUGAUCUCGGUACUUCAAGUAGACGCUGAUCAGACGACCUCAGAGCUCUUUUUUGGUCCUGUAAAGUUAAAAACUCAGAUAAACAAGGUGCAGUAGGAUUGUUAAGAGCUUUAAAAACAAACAUUAAAAGUUUAGAAAGGAUUCUGGACUGGAAGCCAGGACAGUAAAGGUUAGUUAAAGUUUGUUCAAAGACACUGCAGCAUUUUGCACCAGUUGUAGCAGUUUAAAAGCAAGAAUGGUUUUUGAAGGUCGAUAUGGUUUAAAAAACGCUCAGCUUUGGCUAAAAGACAUAGCUGAAGAAACUUCCUUCGACUACCGGGUCAGUUUGUUGACCUCUGUCAGAAACCACCCCAAGAUUUUAGACCGUUGGUCUCAAAGUCAUUGAACACAAACACGACGCUUUGAGUUUAGUCCUCAGUAUUGACAUGUCCUUGUGGCGUAUUUGUCGUAUACUUGGAGUAUCUCUUCACUUAAAGUACUCUUAAGGUGCUGCUAUUAGACUAGCUAACAUUCAGUAGACGGCAACAUGCUGGGCUCGUUAACUCACUAACAGUUUGUCCAGGUUUCUAAAAACAACUACAGCUAGUUAGCGAGCAAGCUAGUCACUACAAUGCUACACAAUAAAUACAAUUAAAGAUUGACCACAGUACAGCUAGCUAAUGAUGAGCUCCUGUCGCAGUUAUUGAUACGUUAUCUUCUGUUUACGUUUGAAAAUAAAACCUGAGUUAUGAGGAAAAAGUGAACAUUUUUACUUUGGCAAGGAAUCAACCUGAACAGAACUCAGUCUGGAGAAAUGACUGAUAAUAUAAAAAAAACUGUUUAGCUUUUAUACAGGCACAGAAACAAGUUGCAGUGGUAUGACUGGUUUCUGCAAAACCAACUUAUGUUUUCAUGGCCAAAGCUAAUCAUGGAAAUUUCCUGAGUCCACUGGGUUAUAUGAGUAGCAUUUAAUCAUAACAUUGUUAUAAUUUUAGAACAAAACUGAAGCAUUUUUGUCAAAUAAAAUAACAUGUAGCUACGCAGUAUAGCUACGUUAGCUGAUGGCUAACAACUAGAAUUUGCUUUGGAAAAGUAUUUAAAAUUAUUUCAUCAGUGAAAUGUAUCAACUAUUAAUUUGUAUUAUUAGUGGAGUUGGUCACCUUUAACAAAUGAGCCGUUACUAACCCAGAGUCAAAGUCAACGGCUAACUUUGGAGUUAAACAGCUUUGUACAUAAAUUCACCCUUUCUGCUUAAAGUCCACAUUUGGUUCCAUAAGUUAAGUGUAUUUAUUUUUGAUAAUAAUAUUGGUGGUCUCAAAGGUUGCUAACUCGCUAAACAACCACCCAACUGCAGGAUAAUUAUCUAGCUGGAGCUAAUUUUAGCAAGUAGUACGUUUUUCUGCUGUAAGUUCAACACUCUGCAGCAGAAACAAAUCAAACUGUAAAUAAUAAAAUGUAAUUUUAUUCUAUGCUUGUCAUUAUUUGCCAUUUUUGUCUAUCAGUCUUUUCUUCGAUAGCCAUUAGCAUGAAUCGGCUAAAAUUUUCACUAACUUGUUCUAUUUUUCUCUUUUAUUCUCCAAAAACCAGUAGUAGUACUUUUAAUGGAAGUUUUUUAUUCCCAUUCCAGUGUGGGAGAACAUUGGAAACCAAAGUGUAACAAUAAGAACUAAUAAUUAACAGCAGGACCAUUAGCCUAUGCUAGCUAACGUGAAACCUUAGUGACCAGCUAGCUAACGCUUAUUAUUUGAUUAUUUUUUGAACUCUAAUUCCAGUUAAACUUUUUGCCUUAUUUUUUUUUUGUAGUUAAUUUGUAUUCUUGUACUUUACUGUAUCAAUAGCUGCAACAGGAGCAGCUUUCGGCUAGCGAUCAGAAGCUAACCUGAUUGGAGCAGAAGCGUCUCACUGGAAUAAAGCCACUGUCUGGUGUCGCCGUCACACGGUUCAUGAUUUGUACAGAAGUUUUCUGAAUGUUUUGACCACUAUUAUUGAAGGAGAAGCACAGAUGUGUUGUUGUACAAACAGCAUCAUGUUACCUUCCGCUAACUGUUAGCCUGCUACUUUAUCUGUGACUAAAGUUUACCAGACAAGCAACUUAAAUAGCAAAUGCUCUUCUUUCUUUUUUCUGUUUUUAUUUUUUCAUGUGUGAAUAUGUAAAUGAAGUGUGUGAAAAUCGAUGCCUUUAGACGUACAGAAGGUACAAACUCUUAUCAAUGCAACAGGAGGGACGACCAUGUUCGGACCUCAGAAGUGCUUUUAUAACCGAUGUUUGACCGCUUCAGGAAUGAGUUUCAACACCUAAAAGUCCUCCUCGCUUAGAUAUAUUUUACAUUUGAUAAUUAAAAGGUUUACGCAACGUCAUUCAUUUCCACUAUUAACUGGCAAAAAUCUUCCUGCAACACCUUUUAGUCGUAGAAGCUUCAGUAGAAACCAGCCAGACUUCCAGAAAAGUCCGGCUAGUUUCUCCUGAAGCUCCUCCGGUCACCAGAACCUGGAUGAGUUUAUCUAGCAAUGGGGCACCAUGACACAGACGUCUGUGGUUGUUAAUGACCUCUGACCAGGAGAAAAGUGUCAGUCGAUGGUUUUCGUUUGUAUUCCACCACAGUAUUUCACAGGUGUAAAACAGUUUAGCAGAAAUUUUUGUUGGUAAAUGAGAGACAUUAGAAUGGGACAUGUCUGCAUCUUCAGACCAGAAACAGGAAGUGAAUUGGGUGACGUAUCUAAUUACGUUUGGACUGCUAUGAUUGGUGGAACUCAAGGGAGGCGGGACAAGAUUGUUUAAAAGUUGCGAUAAAUUCACUGGGAUCGGUUGAAUUCACGUUUGUUGCUGUGAUCAUAACAUCUGGGAUUCUGGAGGGACUCGCCGCUAUAAUGUUUGUUCCUGACUGAAGUCUGGUGAGGAAAACACUGCAGUUUGUUGAAACUCGUCCCUGCGACUAAAAACCUUUCAUUGCCUUCUUUCUUCCUUCCAUCAGCUCCGAACACUUUCAAUGUGAAGAACUCUUUAAGUGCAUUUAUCCUGAAUGAAAAGAUUCCUGUCAUUUGUAAAAUGUUGUUUUUAUUUUUUAAACUUUUGUCGGUACUAAACUAGUAACUCUAAAUUCAUUACAGCAGCCUUUUUUUGUUCUAGUUUAUCGAAUCGUUUCUGCUGAACAACGCAAGGCUUUAGCGGCAGAUGCUAAUGACGCUAACAUCACGAAAAACUUUUCACUGUGUGAAGAAAAACGACAUGGAAACACUUGGUGUGAUUUCUGAGGUAUUUUAGAAGCAGCAUCAUCUCAUGAGGCGAGAGGAAGCGGAAGACAGGAAUGAUUCAAAAUGCGUUUUAAAAUUUAUCCGAGUGUUAUUUGGUCUUUUAGAGCUAUUUUUAAUCGUCCUGUCCUUCGGCUCCUCCUUGCUCGACUCUCAGACCCAGAAUGUAAAUCUGCAUCUCCACAUGAAGAAGCGGAUUCGUCCACGUUAUUUCGUUCUGUAAAGAUCCAGCUGACAAUCAGAGGCUGCUGUUUGUCUGCUGAAGUUCUCCAUCAUGUACAGAAAACAUCGUCCGGUCCGUCACGUCCCGACUAACUGCAUGGCAACUCAUCCAAUAAACCUGAAACCUGGUUCUCA